CACACAGAGAGCGUCUUUCUCUGCCUGCGACUUCUGGGGAGCGGAUCGCAGUUUGAGGGUCGCGGCCAGGAUGGCGCUGCGCUCUCUGUCGCUCCUGGUGUUGGUGGCGGUCGCCCUGCGGGAGAGCUGCCUCGGCACCUCCUCGCACUCCAUGAAGUAUUUCUCCUUCUCCAUCUCGGAGCCCAGUCAGGGGCUGCCCCAUUAUGUCUCUGUGGGGUACGUGGACGGUCAAGUCUUUGUUCACUACAACAGCAACAGCCGGAGGGUGCAGCCUCAAAUCUCCUGGAUAGAGAAGGUGGGGAAGGAAGACCCCCAAUACUGGGACAGAAACACCCAGAGAGAACGUAGCAAUGAGGAGACCUUUAGAGGAGAUCUGGAGAUUCUGAGGCUUCGCUACAAUCAGAGCGAAGGCCUUCACACGUGGCAGUGGAUGUAUGGCUGUGAGCUCCAGGCUGAUGGGAGCAAAGGAGGAUUUCAUCAGUAUGGUUACGAUGGGAGGACCUUCCUCACCUUUGACAAGGAGAGACUCACCUGGGUGGCUCCCCAACCCCAGGCCCAGAUCACCCAGAGGAAAUGGGACGCUAUUCCAGGAAAGAAUCAGAGACACAAGUCUUACCUGGAGGAAAUCUGCAUUGAGUGGCUGGAGAAGCACCUGUCCUACGGGAAGGAGACGCUGCUGAGGACAGACCCCCCAGAGGUGACCAUGAGCAGCAAGACGGAGGUGGAGGAUGGGAUGGAGACGCACGUCUGUCGCGUGGAUGGCUUCUACCCCAGGGAGAUUGAUGCCUCCUGGACGAGGGACGGGGAGGUCUGGCUGCAGGACACCCUCCGUGGCUCCGUGGCCCCAAAUGCUAAUGGGACCUAUCACCGCUGGCUCAGCAUCCAGAUCGAUCCCAAAGACAGGAGCCGCUAUCGGUGCCAUGUGGAGCACGACGGCCUGGAGGAGCCUCUGGACAUGGCCCUUGAGGAACCAAAAUCCAACGUGGGGAUCAUCAUCGGCGUUGUGGCUGGUCUUGUCCUGCUGGGCGUGAUUGCUGUUGGGAUCUGGUUUUUCAAGAGACGUCAAGAUGACUACAAAAAAGCAGCAACAAGUGAGGAAGGAUCCAACAGUUCCAGCCAGGGGAAAACCCAAACUGCUUAGCAGCCCCCUGGCAGCACGAUGGUCACUCCCAGCCUAAGGAGGGAGGAAAGAAUUGAAAAUCAAUCUUCUUCUGAAUUAGGCCCUUCCAGCAUGUUGGGCCCAGGAUAUAUUUGGGGUCUUUCAUCAUUGCUUUUAUCAUAGAAUCAGUAACCUUUUUUAAUUAUGAUUGAGGAUCACAGGAGAAAAGAAUAGAUUAUGUGUUACUAAUUGUGGUAUCGAAAGAUUUCAAAUUGGGUUUCGUAGAUAAUAGUUUAUAAUAGGUAGGUUGCAUAAUAUCCUCAAUGGGCUUUUGCUGGUUAAUCUUAAGUGAAUAGAGAUUAGAGGUUAAAGAUGAUGUGUUAGAGAUGGGUUUAUAGGGAAUGGGGUGAGGGAGAGGAUGAAGAGUUUUUUGGUUUUACUUUAAGAGAGAUGUAUAAGUUGUUAAUUUUAUUAUAGUUGGGGAUAAAGGUAGGUGUUUCUUUUUCUUUUUUUCCUUGUGUUAGUUUUAUAAGUUUAAAUGUUAUCUUCGAGGAAACUAUUACUAAAAGAAGAAGCGUGCAUUCUGAGAUGUUUGUCACUAAAAUCCUUUUUAAUUGAUUAUUGCACAGUUAAUUGAGCAUAUAUUUGAUCAUUCAAAGUUUGACAGAUAAUCAGUAUAACAAGUGAAACAUUAAGACUCUGAUUUUUUUUAAUAGAUUGCCAUUUAUGGAUUUUCAUGCUUUAGAAAAACAGAGCAUGAGAUCCAUUGCACGGCCGGGCUGCUGGCUCCUUUAAUAAUUGCACUUAGAUUGUAAGUUUGUCAAAGUUGUUUGCUGAAAAUAAAUGGGUUUUUUUGCCUCUUA